GAUGUGUCAAAUAUUUAUAUCUUCUUAUUUUUGAAAUCCGUUUAUCUUUAUCGUCGAUCAUUUGUGAAUAGGUUCGAUUAUUUCGUUUGACAUCUAUCAAAUCAUUCGAAAUAUUUGAAAUAAUUUGUUAAUUAAAUGAAAGGUAUCAUCGUUGAUAAACGUCUUGUAUAUCUGUGGAGAUCUACAAGAUAUUACAUUGCCAAUAGUGAUUACAACAAUGAGUUGUGUACGAUGUUGUUUGAUAAGUGCUGGACGUUUAGCAUCUUCCAAUCAUGUUACCACUCAUUUUCACAAGAUCGUAAGAGUCGUUGCUAGUAGAUCACUUACAACAAGUACAAGCUUAGCUAAAGCUCCCUCUGAAACUGUACCACCUAAUAAAAAUAAUGGUACUACAACAUCUGGAAGUGCAGGAUCAGGUGGUGAUAAUGGUAAAAAGGAUGCUCUUAUUUGUCCAAAAUGUGGUGAUCCUUGCACACAUGUUGAAACUUUUGUAUCAUCAACAAGAUUUGUGAAGUGCGAAAAAUGUCAUCACUUUUUUGUAGUACUAUCAGAAGUAGAUUCAAAAAGAAGUUUAAAAGAAGCAUUGAGACCUGACAUGGACUCCAAACAUGGAUUUUAUAGAAAACCACCUCCACCUCCAAAAAAAAUCUUUGAAUAUCUGAAUAAGCAUGUUAUUGGUCAAGAAUUUGCUAAAAAAGUACUUAGCGUUGCUGUAUAUAAUCAUUACAAACGGAUAUACAACAACUUACCUGUGCAAACAAUUCAACCUAAUACUGGUUCAGUUGCCUCGCAAGAAAUGAAUCAUCCAUUUACUCACAGAGGUCUUAAACCACAUUUGUUGCAUAUAUCUAGCGUCGGAAAUUCAUUAGGAGUUGGAUAUCAAAAUAUUUCUGGUAGUAAUGAUCAACAGAAAGGAUCGAAUCAAUCUGCACUUGGAUCAGACAUUUUAGAUAGUCAGCAGCAUCAAUUGAAGCUAGAAAAAAGUAAUAUUCUAUUGCUUGGACCAACUGGCUCUGGAAAAACUUUGUUAGCACAGACAAUAGCUCAAUGUUUGGAUGUACCCUUCGCUAUCUGUGAUUGUACCACAUUAACUCAAGCAGGAUAUGUUGGAGAAGAUAUAGAAAGUGUUAUAGCAAAACUUUUACAAGAUGCCAAUUAUAUUGUGGAGAGGGCGCAGAUGGGUAUUGUAUUUUUAGAUGAAGUUGAUAAAAUAGGUGCUGUUCCUGGUAUACAUCAGUUACGAGAUGUUGGUGGUGAAGGUGUACAGCAAGGAAUGUUAAAAAUGUUAGAAGGUACAAUCGUUAAUGUGCCUGAAAGAAAUAGCUCAAGAAAGCUUAGGGGUGAUACGUUACAAGUAGAUACAACGAACAUACUUUUCGUUGCAUCCGGUGCCUAUAAUGGUUUAGAUAGACUUAUUUCACGACGCAAGACUGAAAAAUAUUUGGGCUUUGGUGCAGUACCUGCAUCUGAAAGUCCAGGAAGAAGAGCUGCCAGUCUCGCUGAUGUAGCUAAUAUGUCACCUUCUACAGAAAUAGACAAUAAAGAGAAAGAUCUUUUAUUGCAACAAGUAGAAGCACGAGAUUUAAUAGACUUUGGCAUGAUUCCAGAAUUUGUGGGAAGAUUUCCAGUACUUGUACCUUUUCAUACUUUGAAUAGAGAUAUGUUAGUUCAAAUUCUUACAGAACCAAAAAAUGCUAUGGUUCCUCAAUACCAGAUGUUAUUCUCUAUGGAUAAGGUGGAAUUGACAUUUACAAGUGAUGCUUUGAGUGCUAUAGCAUCAUUAGCUAUGGAAAAGAAAACAGGUGCAAGAGGUUUACGAGCUAUAAUGGAAGCUCUACUUUUAGAACCUAUGUUUGAAGUACCAGGAAGCGAUGUGAUGUCGGUCCAUAUAACAGAAGGAUGUGUACGUGGUCAAGAAAAGGCACAAUAUAUAAGAAGAGGUGAGGCAACAGAAGAAGAAUUACAACAAGCACAACAUGUACAAAACUAGCAAAUAAUCAAAGAACAAGAGAAUAGUGUAUAGCUAUUUCGAUGCUGUAUUACUACUGUCUCUUGUAAACAUUUAAAUAAUAUAAAUCGAA